AUGGAUAAAAGAAAUAUACAGGUGGUUGUAGCAUGCAUAGCUUCGAGGUUGUUAGUUUCAAUGCUAUUUCCGUCACUGCGGCAGCAGUUGGAUAAAGCAGUUGAGUUUUCGACUCCAGUAACGAGUUUUAGGUCAUUAAAAGAGGGUAUCUUUUUGCUGCAAAAUGGUCUUCCUGUUUAUAAUGGAGGAGUGGUGCACCAUACGCCACUUCUUGUUGCAUUGAUGUCUAUUGUAAACGGAGAGAUGCUGAUCUCUCUUGUUUACGCAGCAAUGGAUGCUAUCAUUGCGUACCAAUUGAUAAUGAUCAGCAAAUUAUUCAAGCAGCAGUUAAAGCUUGAAAAUUGGGUCCCAGGUGCGCUUUACGUGGUGAAUCCGCUUGUGCUUCUAUCGUGCGUGAGCAGAUCGACAGUGAUAUUCACCAAUUUGGCGAUCUCCACCGCUGUGCUUUCAGCAUUGAAAGGAGAUGUCUUGACGGCAUCGGUAGCGGUGGCAAUUGCUGGGUAUCUGUCAUUUUAUGCUCUCUUCCUAAUUAUUCCGUUGCUAUUUGUGCUCAAGAAAGACCGCAUUCUAUCCGUACUAAUAAUGGUCGCAACACUGGCGACCUUUCUUUACACUAGCUACAAGAUCAAUCGUGACAAUUGGAACUACUUGAAGUCAUGCUAUGGAGUUCUCAUCACUUUCAGCAAGCUUAUGCCCAACCUAGGUCUUUGGUGGUAUUUCUUUGUCGAAAUGUUCGAGUUCUUCAUUCCUUUCUUCAAGGCUGUUUUCAACAUAUUUGCUAUCUCAUUUAUUACUCCAUUCAGUUUGCGGUUUUACAAGCAACCCUUUUAUGCAUUCCUACUUUGCCUAGGGUGGCUUACACUCACUAAGUCCUAUCCAACAUUAGGUGAAGGCGGUUUCUUUCUCAGCUUCAUACCCUUUUUCAAACCACUAUUCGUUUACCUAAGGUACUCAAUUAUUUCCACGCUGCUAUUUAUCCACGCAAUAAUCCUCUCCCCUAUAUUCUACCACUUGUGGGUCGACCUAGGCUCCGGCAACAGUAACUUUUUCUAUGCCAUUUCCUUAGUUUAUUCAUUGGCUUUGGCUUCAGUCAUUGUCGAUCUAUGCUGGUCCAUGCUGAGGAUUGAAUACGACAAAGGUAAACCAAAUUUGAAUUUGCAGCUAACACAGCUAUAA